AUGUUCGACGAGAUUAAAUUCAACCACAUUGUUCCCCUUCCGUUCCGGAUCCUCCUAUUGGUCCAGCUCGGUAUCCACCUAUGGUAUGCAAUAGUAUGGUACUGCUUCAAGAUACACGGUAUCAACGUGUUGGCGUUACUCAGCCUUUCCUAUUCUCCACAUAAGUACCAUCAAAGGUCCUUCAUUGAUGAGUCUCAAUAUGGCGAAUACGCUACUGUGGCACCAGCCGACAUAUCAGAAAAUCAGCAUUUACUCAAUGGCAUCAACCGAAACAUAAAAGUGACACUGUUGCCAAACUUCAGUGGCCUUGCCGUAUACUGGAUGGCUGCUCUCUUUGUCGAUGACGACUCCACCACGCUUUUCUUUUUCAGAGCAAUUGUGCCCACCAUCCUCCUCAUCCAUACAAUUUAUAGAUUCUUUCUACAGCGAGGAACGAUUGGUACUGUCCGCAUGAGCACCACCAUCAGAAGGAUUCUCUUUGGAGAUAUCAACUCAUCCACCAUGAGGACAAACGAUAUUCUCAUAUCCGACUCCUUGAUCUCAUACGCUAAGGUCAUCAACGAUUGUGGCAUGUUUGUGUGGAAGACCUAUAUACCCACGGAGCUGAACUACAACACUGAGGUGGAGACUUUCAUGCUUGCAAUGCCAGCUCUCAUUCGUAUGAAGCAGUGCUGGUUCGAAUACCUGCUGACAAAGCAAAAACUGCAUUUGUUCAACUUCAUCAAGUACUCCAUUGGGCUCGGACCUGUCAUCAUAAACCUCCUCAUUAAGCUCCGCAUGGAACGCCUCACGGAAGACUCUGACGUGUCUGCUCAAUUAAACAUUCUCAAUCGCUGGUGGUACGUUCUUUCAACUUUGAGUGCAUCAUACCUGUUUUUCUGGGAUGUCAAGAUGGACUGGGGAUUCAGUGCUUUUGAUAUCUUGCUCAACCAGAACGGGUCCAGCUGGGUCAUUUUGCGAGAACCCAACAAGCUUGUUUACAAUAAUACCGCAGCUUACUUGCUCAUCAUUGCCUUGGACUUUGUGCUUCGCUUCAUCUGGUUCCUCAAGCUCUUCGUUAUCAAGGAGACGGAAGUCAGACUUGGGCUCAAAAACAAAGUUGGCAACUUCUUAUUCGGUCUUGACUUCUUGUCGCUUGGUUUCGCCUUGCUCGAAUUCCUCGAAAUUACUAGAAGAUGGCUCUGGUGCUUCCUCAAGCUCGAAAGUGACUUGGUCAAGCUACAGUAUGGCGAUGCGAGUAACGCCCUUCCCCUAGCGUCCGUCAAAAUCGGUUGA